AUGAAGGGCGUGUUUUGCGUGUUUUUAUGGUUUAUACGAGGUUCGGCUGUCGUACACUGCUAUUGUAGUCUAACAGGUGUUUUUUCUUCCUUUGUCAGAGGCAAUGGUAAUUCCAGUGUGUCUUCGAUCCUUGACCGAAUACUAAAGCAUGAAAAGUACGACAAGAGGCUAAGACCGAGUUAUGGAGAUGGACCUGUCGUUGUCACUGUUGGAUUCUGGGUACUUUCCAUCGACUCUAUUAAUGUUGUCGAUAUGGAUUACACAUUAGAUAUUUUUCUUAGACAAUCAUGGCGUGAUGAGCGAAUGGCGCACGAGCUCAACACAACAAUGUUUCUCAGCAACACAGUCAUGGAUAAAAUAUGGAUGCCAGAUUCUUACUUUGUCAAUGCGAAGUCAGGAAGCUUUCACAAAGUUACCAAAGAUAAUAUGAUGAUCAUGAUCAAACCAGGAGGAAUAGUACAAUACAAUGCAAGGGUUACUAUACGUUUGUCUUGCCCAAUGGACUUAAGAGCGUUUCCCAUGGACACACAGCAUUGUCCGCUUACCAUAGAGAGCUAUGGCUACAGUACCAAGCACAUUGUAUUCAAAUGGGAAAUUCCUGGCAAUGAUGGCUUAGGGUUUGUGCCACAAACCUUAAAAAUGCUGCCUCAAUACAAACUUGCUAAAGUUGAAUUAGCAACGUUAAAUAACGUUUAUGUUGUAGGAAAUUGGUCAGGUCUCAAAGCGACAUUCACGUUUGAAAGACUGUACAGCUAUUUUGUAAUUCAUGUGUACGGGCCGUGCUCGUUAAUCGUCUCCAUUUCGUGGGUUGCAUUUCUUCUUCCUCGUGAACAAGCGCCAGCUCGUAUUACUUUAGGAGUUACGUCUGUAUUGACCGUUGUCACCGUUCUCAAUAUGCUGAACAACUCCAUGCCGAAGGUCAAUUAUGUGAAAACUAUUGACAAAUAUCUUAUAGGAUGCUUUUUAUUUGUAUUUGCAACUCUUGUCGAGUAUUCUCUCGUUCUCUGGUUUUCCAAAGCUAUGAAGAAGUACAGACUAUGCCGUGAAGAAUGGCGGAAACAGCACGAUGCUGAAGAAGGAAUAGAUUCUCAAGUGACUUUCAGACAAAAGAUGAAUAAAAUGGAAAAUGGCAAAGUAUGCAGCUCUCAUUUGGUCAAAAUGGAAAUGAAUGACGUUGAAAAGGAAAUGUUUAUCAAUAAUUCUAGACACAGAGAUCAAAUUCGAACACCAAGACACUUCAACACUUAUUUCCCAAGAAGAAAGGUUUCUCGGCCACACUGUACACGAUUCAAGGACUUCAUUUACUCGGAAUCUUUCGUUGGUGGUAUAGAUGGCUAUGCUCUUGUUUUCUUCCCGACAAGUUUUGUUGUAUUCAAUCUCGUUUACUGGAUAUCUAUCUUCUCAUUUGAAGACGUUUUUGGAUUUUAGCUCAAAAAGAAUUCUCUAUUCAAUCUUUGAAAGCGAGUUUUUCUUGGCUUUGCGUCAUCACGGACAGUACGUGCUCACUCACUGGAGAAAAAUGAGAUUUUUCAAGCAAUGUAUUAGAUAUAUUUUACAAUAAAAGGUUUACCUUUGCAUGACAAUUCAUCGUUGGAAUACAAUAAUGAGAAAUAUGGACUCAAAAUCAAAGUUCAAGAAAAAAAUCAAUGACAAUCAAAGUUUAAAGAAAAAAGUCAGUGACUACUGAGAAUGCGGACUGCUCGUUUGGUCAUCCAUGUGGGAUAAAAAUACGACAAAAUUGAGCAGAAAUUAUCUUGACGUGCUAUGUAUGUUUUAGUAUUCUUUAAUAUAGUUUUCUAUUAUUUCUUGAA